AUGGCGAUGGAAGAGCCCACUUCAGUCUCUGUGACCGGGAUGGAGGGUGGUGUUCGUGAUUGUGAAGCUACUGAAUCCAGCUUCACGGAACAGGAAGGAGGGACAACAGCUCCAGCUGUUGCAGCACCUGCUCAGCUUGCCGGUGCCACGAGCUCUUCCGACGGCAGCACAGGGCAUGCAUAUUCGACACUCAUUCUUUUAGACUUUACCUUCUUGAAGGCCGGAAAUAUAACAGAAGUCGUCGAGGUAGCAUGGGUGGUGUUUGAUGUUUCCACUCGCCAGUCCCUGGAAGAGGUGUCGGUCCUCGUUCGACCUGAACAGCUGUUGCCCCCAGCAGAACUUCUAACAAAUCUGGGCGUUACACAAGCAGAACUCUGUUCCGCAUCUACUUUGGGGGAAGCUGUUCAAAGGCUUGACAAUGCUAUCUUCCAAAAGUCUCAAGACAACAGCCAAACGGCAAUCAUUUGCGCCUUCGGGGCAGGGAAGCUUAAAGAUUUUCGCAGCUGCGCUGUGGCGCGUCAAGUUUCUCUCUCAGCGCAUUAUACGCAUUUGGUGGACUUGCACCCCGUACUAGAACGAUUUAUGAACCUUAAGGGGGAUGAUUUGAGGAGCCUGGGCACGGCUGCGGGCGCGCUGCAACUUGCAGCACCAGAAGGGCGGGAGGAGGGGUUGGCGGCGUGUCGCUGCAUGUGUGGCAUUUUGUUUCUGCUGCUCUCGAAGGGCCUGGUGCUGCAAAAGGAGCAUGCCGUCAACUUGGAUGAAGCAGCAUCGGGGGAGGCCUCGAAAUCAGCUACAGACGCAGCAGGGAAUGGAAUCCUUAGUGUUGGAACACACCUCCGUCUUAGGGGGCUCCCAUGGGACGUAAAUGAAGAAGCUGUCGUUCGUUUCCUGAAGCCAGUUGCGAGUAUUACGGAGGCUGAUGUCUGUGUCUGCGUUGGCCUUAACAAACGCGUCACAGGCGAAGCAUAUGUGAACGUUCAUUCAACUGAUUUGCGGGACUUAGCGGUUCGGACUCUACAUGGCCGGAUGAUGGGUCAGCGUUGGAUAGAAGUAUUUCGCUCUAGUGCGGAAGAUUUUGAAAAAGCCGUCCAGCGAAGGGUGGCCAUGCUGAGUUCCGAUUCAAGGGAUGGCCGAGACGCAGAUGUCAAAGGUUUAAAUAUAACAGUAUUAAAGCUACGUGGACUUCCAUGGUCUUGCACCGACGGAGACGUUGUUAACUUCUUUCAGGAACAUGGAUUUGAGAUCUCUCGUGAAUCCGUUGUUUUGGGUGUCGCGGUGGACGGAAGGAUGAACGGGAUCGCUUAUGUCGAGCUUCCAGACUCCACAGUUGCCGAAGCAGCAAAGGAAAAGCUGCACAGGAAGUACCUUGGCCGGCGUUUUGUGGAGGUUUAUCCUUCAACUCGAGAGGAGAUGCACCGAGCAAAGCGGCCUGGCCGAAUGAUGCCACAUGAGUUGGGAAUGGGAGCUAUGCGUAUCCCGCGCCCGGCUCGCAUGAUGGGUGGCGUUGCCCCCGGUCCAUACAGCGGAGGAUACGAGGGUGCACCCCAAGCGUACGGAGGCAUAGGGGGAGGCUUGGGGGCCGCCCCUGGCUAUGGAGGUGUGGACGGCAUCGGGGGACACCCUGGAGGCUAUGGUGGUUAUGGACACCCUGGCCAUGACCUGUAUGGAGGAGGCUAUGGGGCCCCCCCGGGGCAGCCUACAUAUGGCCAUCCCCCCGCACAAGUUGUGCAAGCUCCACCUGUACAGGAUGUUGGUCCUCCCCCUGCCGGAUGGAAUUAUACAGUUUUGAGGCUUAGGGGGAUGCCAUUUAAUGCUAAUGAGCAGCAUAUUGUGCAAUUCUUUCAAGGUUUUCACAUGACGGCCAUUUUACCGUCCACCAUCCCGAUAGACGGUCGACCAUCGGGAGAAGCGUAUGUUCAGUUUUCUGACGUCAAUGAGACUUGGCGAGCCCUACAGACAAGGAACGGGGCUCGAAUGGAUAGGCGCUACAUUGAGCUUUUUUCUGCAAGCAAGCAGGAAAUGACAUUUGCAGCACAAGGAGGGGAUCCACGAGCGUUUAGGGAACGGGAUAGGGCUUUUUAA